AUGGCGCGCGCCCGCGGCUCCCUGUGCCCCCCACUGCCGCCCGGUAGGAUGUCCUGGCCCCAUGGGGCCCUGCUGUUCCUCUGGCUCUUCUCCCCGCCUCUGGGGGCCGGCGGGGGCGGCAUGGCCCUGACAUCUGCUGCCGGAGGGGGCGCCCCGCCGGCCACCUCCUGCCCUGCAGCCUGCUCCUGCAGCAACCAGGCCAGUCGGGUAAUCUGCACCAGGAGAGAGCUGGCGGAAGUCCCGGCCAGCAUCCCCGUCAACACACGGUACCUGAACCUGCAGGAGAACGGCAUUCAGGUGAUCCGGACGGACACGUUCAAGCACCUUCGGCACCUGGAGAUCCUACAGCUGAGCAAGAACCUGGUGCGCAAGAUCGAGGUGGGCGCCUUCAACGGGCUGCCCAGCCUCAACACCCUGGAACUGUUUGACAACCGGCUGACGACGGUGCCCACGCAGGCCUUCGAGUACCUGUCCAAGCUGCGCGAGCUCUGGCUGCGGAACAACCCCAUCGAGAGCAUCCCGUCGUACGCCUUCAACCGCGUGCCCUCGCUCCGCCGCCUCGACCUGGGCGAGCUCAAGCGGCUGGAGUACAUCUCGGAGGCGGCCUUCGAGGGCCUGGUGAACCUGCGCUACCUCAACCUGGGCAUGUGCAACCUCAAGGACAUCCCCAACCUGACGGCCCUGGUGCGCCUGGAGGAGCUGGAGCUGUCCGGCAACCGGCUGGACCUCAUCCGCCCGGGCUCCUUCCAGGGCCUGACCAGCCUGCGCAAGCUGUGGCUGAUGCACGCCCAAGUGGCCACCAUCGAGCGCAACGCCUUCGACGACCUCAAGUCGCUGGAGGAGCUCAACCUGUCCCACAACAACCUGAUGUCGCUGCCCCACGACCUCUUCACGCCCCUGCACCGCCUGGAGCGCGUCCACCUCAACCACAACCCCUGGCACUGCAACUGCGACGUGCUGUGGCUCAGCUGGUGGCUCAAGGAGACGGUGCCCAGCAACACGACAUGCUGCGCGCGCUGCCACGCGCCCGCCGGCCUCAAAGGGCGCUACAUCGGCGAGCUGGACCAGUCGCACUUCACCUGCUACGCGCCGGUCAUCGUGGAGCCGCCCACGGACCUCAACGUCACCGAGGGCAUGGCCGCCGAGCUCAAGUGCCGCACGGGCACGUCCAUGACCUCCGUCAACUGGCUGACGCCCAACGGCACCCUCAUGACGCACGGCUCGUACCGCGUGCGCAUCUCCGUCCUCCACGACGGCACGCUCAACUUCACCAACGUCACCGUGCAGGACACGGGCCAGUACACCUGCAUGGUGACGAACUCGGCCGGCAACACCACGGCCUCGGCCACGCUCAACGUCUCGGCCGUGGACCCCGUGGCGGCUGGAAGUGCUGGCGGCGCGGGCGGCGGCGCCGGGGGCGGCCCCGGAGGCGGGGGCGGCGGCUACACCUACUUCACCACCGUGACGGUGGAGACCCUGGAGACGCAGCCCGGAGAGGAGGCCCUGCAGCCGCGCGGGACCGAGAAGGAGCCGCCGGGGCCCACGACGGACGGCGUCUGGGGCGGGGGCAGGCCCGGAGAGGGGGCAGGCCAGGCCUCCUCGUCCACCACGGCGCCCGCCCCUCGCUCCUCGCGGCCCACGGAGAAGGCGUUCACCGUGCCCAUCACGGACGUGACGGAGAACGCCCUCAAGGACCUGGAUGACGUCAUGAAGACCACCAAGAUCAUCAUCGGCUGCUUCGUGGCCAUCACGUUCAUGGCCGCCGUGAUGCUCGUGGCCUUCUACAAGCUGCGCAGGCAGCACCAGCUGCACAAGCACCACGGGCCCACGCGCACGGUGGAGAUCAUCAACGUGGAGGACGAGCUGCCCGCCGCCUCCGCCGUGUCCGUGGCCGCCGCCGCCGCCGUGGCGGGCGGGGGCGGCGUGGGCGGGGACAGCCACCUGGCCCUGCCCGCGCUGGAGCGCGACCACCUCAACCACCACCACUACGUGGCGGCCGCCUUCAAGGCGCAUUACAGCAGCAACCCCAGCGGCGGGGGCUGCGGGGGCAAGGGCCCGCCUGGCCUCAACUCCAUCCACGAACCUCUGCUCUUCAAGAGCGGCUCCAAGGAGAACGUGCAAGAGACGCAGAUCUGA